AGCAGGCGCUCGCCGUGGUCACCGCCGGGCGGGGGUCGAGGGACCGCGCGACCGAGCGAAUCUUCGAAUCACCUGGGAGCGAUACAUGCCUGCCGAGGAGUCGUUAGUGUAAAAUGCCUCCAAUAAGCAAACGGGGAGGCGAGCCUGCGGGGCGCGCGGCUAUAAAAAACCUCGCGCACGCUGCGUUCGGGGCCUCGCCAGCCACCCCCAGCCCAGAUCGACCACGGUGAAGCACAGGGAAAGCCUCCCCAGUGCACGCAUAGCCUUCGCCUUCGCUCUGAUCGUGACGCGUCCGCAUCCCGCAUGGGGGCCGAGGCGGUGACCCACCACCCGGCCGUGCUCCUCGUGCCGUUCCCGGCGCAGGGCCACGUCACGCCCAUGCUGCAGCUGGCGCGCGCCCUCGCCGCGCACGGCGUCGCGCCCACCGUCGCCGUCCCGGACUUCAUCCACCGCCGCAUCUCCGGCGGCGCCGGCGGCGGCGUGGCGCUCGCGUCCAUCCCCAGCGGCAUCGAGGACGACGGCCCCGAGGCCGCCGCCGCCCCGGGGUUCGCCGCCGUCGUGCACGCCAUGGAGCACCACAUGCCCGCCCACCUGGAGCGCAUGCUGGCGCCGCCGCCGUCGCGCCGCGUCGCCUGCGUCGUCGUCGACGUGCUGGCGUCGUGGGCCGUCCCCGUCGCCGCGCGCUGCGGCGUCCCGGCGGCGGGGUUCUGGCCCGCGAUGCUCGCCAGCUACCGCGUCGUCGCCGCCAUCCCGGAGCUCAUCGAGAGGGGCCACAUCUCGGAAUCCGGUACACCGAUCCCGUCGAGCGAGUCGCCCGACGGCGACGCGAUGAUCCGGGGCCUGAAGAUCCUGCCGGCGCAGGUGGAGCUCCGCGCGGGGGAGCUGCCGUGGCUCGUCGGCGACGCGGCCACCCAGGGGUCGCGGUUCGCCUUCUGGCUCCAGACCCUGCGCCGCGCCAGGGGAUUCCGCUGGGUCCUCGUCAACUCCUUCCCGGGCGAGGCCACCGGCGCGGACGACUUGGUAAACCGCCCCGCGCGGCAGGGCCCGGCCGGCCCGCAGGUCCUCCAAGUCGGGCCGGCGCUGCUCCCCGGCGGCCUCAGCGGCGCCGCCGAGCGCACGAAGCAGCAGCAGCCGCCGCCGUGCGGCGGCAACAACAGCGACAGGAACCCCAGCAUGUGGCGCGCGGACUCGACGUGCAUCGCGUGGCUGGACGCGCAGCGCGCGGGGUCGGUGGUGUACGUGUCGUUCGGCAGCUGGGUGGGGUCGAUCGGGCCCGACAAGGUCCGGGAGCUGGCGCUGGGGCUGGAGGCCACGGGGCGGCCCUUCCUGUGGGCGCUGAAGCGGGACCCCUCGUGGCGGGCGGGGCUCCCCGAGGGCUUCGCGGAGCGCGCGGCCGCGGCCGGGCGGGGCAAGGUGGUGGACUGGGCGCCGCAGGAGGACGUGCUCCGGCACGCCGCCGUCGGGUGCUACCUGACGCACUGCGGCUGGAACUCCACGCUGGAGGCGGUCCGCCACGGGGUGCGCCUGCUGUGCUACCCGGUGUCCGGGGACCAGUUCAUCAACUGCGCCCACAUCACGGGGCCGUGGGGCAUCGGGCUCAGGCUCGCCGCCGGCAUGACGCGGGGCGACGUGAGGGACGGCAUCCGGAGGGUCAUGGACGAGGGCGAGGGGAGGCGCCUGCGGGAGAAGGUCCGGGCGCUGCGGGAGCGCGUCGCGGCGGCGGAGGCGAGGCGCGCGGCGGACCGGAGCGUCGGGGCGUUCGUGGACGAGAUCCGGAGGGAGAGCCACCCGCUGCUGAUGCAGAUGUACAGCGUCCUGUAGCGAUCUAGUCUAGCAAUAAUGAUGUACCCGUAGUGUGAUGUGCAUGUCCAUUAUCCUCUUUCCCCCUCUCACGGGCGUACGUGAAUCGAUGCUAGGGAAACGUUCUACUCGACCA